UUUCCCCACACCACGCAAUCCCCCCUCUGCGUGUCGACCACCCGGUCCCUCGCUUCGCCUCCAUGCUCCCAACUCUGCCUCUGAAUACCCAACAGAGUCCUCAGUGCUGAUCUUCCUCCCUCUUGCCCUUGCCUGCUAGUGCUCGCUCUCAUCCUGCUUCCAUCGCCCGAUACCCCCCUCCCUGCCCUUUCCUUUCUCUAUGAACUUCGCCGUCGACGACGCCGACCCAUCCAUAUCAUAUUCCCCUAAUGGCUGGGAUGUCCAGUCCGCCAACGACCCUGACCUCGACAAGUUCUUCCAGGAGACCUAUCACGUUGCCGCCCAAGACGGCGCGACCAUGGUCUUUCAGUUCAUCGGUUCCGCAUUCGCCCUCUAUGGAUCCAAGGGCCCACAACAUGCCCAGUUCAACCUACAGUACGACAACAUCGUCGUUCCUCUCGACGCAUCCGCGUCGACCACGGCAUUCCAACAGGAGCUUUUCUCGCACUCCUUCGCGUCCGAUGGCAACGCCACUCAGCACACCGUGAAGGUGACCGCGAUUCUGAACGGGAUGAACAAUUGGCUCGACAUUGACUACAUCACAUUCACCAACGGAAACGGCACAACGUCGUCUAUCCAGACCGCCACCACCAAUCCCCCUUGGCUCUCAGGCUCAUCUCAACCGACGCAAACCGGGACAGCGAACUCGACGGGUCCCAACGGCUUCCCUGUCCCCUCAUCAGCAUCAUCGCAUUCCUCCCAGAGCAAAGUCUCCACCAUCCUCGCCAUCGUCUUCGGGUCCCUCAUAGGCGUCGCGAUCCUUGCGGGCCUCGCCUGGCUCCUCAUUCGCCGCAUCUACGCCCAGCGCCGGGCACGUGAGCGCGCCUUCCGCUACGGCCAGUCUUCCGUGAACCCCUCGAGCACCGCAGGCUACUACGCCGCGUCGGCGAAGAGCGGUGUCCCCACAACCAUCACGCGCCCGCUCUCCCCACCGACCAGCACGAUGCGCGAGUACCAGAGCCCGAUGGGGGCGUAUACGUUGGUCGAGCAUGGCGAGGGCUCCCUCGCCAGCGGACAGGGCCACGCCCCCGUAGAGCUGCGGAAUAUGUCGCUCGACCACCGAGAGCGGGAACAGGAGAGAGAGAGGGAGAGAGGCCCGGGCACGGGGUCGACCACCCCGUCGACGUCUCGGCCGCUCCUGAGCCAGUCGCCGAUCGCGUGGACGACGCGGAAGAUCGGCGGGCACAAGGGCGACGCCGACUCGUUGAGGACAGACUUUCUGCAGGUGUAGUUGUUCCUGCGCCCGAUCGCGUUCGCGUCUGCGUUCCUACGCCAUGUUACGUGGGUUUAUUUAUCGUCGCGUCGCGCCUGUGUACUGUACUAGUAGUACAUUUAGCUUUGUCGUUCUUCGCUGGACGCGCGUCGUGUCCACAUUACCAUCGCCCACCGCUAUUUGCUACUCGCUACGAAGCCUUAAUCUGUUCUGUGCACACGUACGAUGGCGUCGGAGCCAGAGCUGGACAUUCAACUUGUACUUAGCUAGCUACUGUACACAAGUAGACACGGUACCGUCACGUCACGACCGCACUCGUCUGGAUUGCGCGCAGCGAUAGUAUGUGUUCGUGCGCGAGCAUGCUUCAUCCGUCUCCGCGUUCUCUGAGACGGCCAGGUGCUCGCAGUCCCAAGACGCUUGGUCGACGUCCGAGGGCACGCUAGGGCCUUGACGAUGGCCGAGCGAACGCGUAAAGACGCAAGUUCGACAAGUACAAAUUCAUCCUCGGGCCAGCCUCCGCAUACACGCGAGGUCCUCCUUGGGGCGAGAAGACCUGCACGUCGUCGCGCACGUCGCGCGGAUAGCGUACCGCUGGGAAGAUCGCAUAGGCAGACGUCGUCGGUAAGAGACUGCAUCAGAGGAUCUGCCAAGGGCGGUAGACUACACCCACACGGCGCGCUAUUCGUACAUCUGCAUGGGGAAGAAGGCACUGCGUCGAACCGACCGAAGGGUCCAGGCCAGCUCCAGAACUGGUAGAGUGCCCGCCUGCCAGCGAACAUACGGUGAGUGCGUCGAUGGGACAGGGCGUAUUCUACCGGCCGGGCAGCGUUCACCAAAUCUUCAGCCUUCGCGAACUCCGCGCCGAACAUAUCUUGGUUCACUGUCUUCUGACAAGCACCCUCGGAUCUGUGAUGCAUCCCAGCCCGGGUGUGACCACUGUCAGUUCGCGACUGAAAGAGGCCGGUAAGGGGCGAGAAUAUGUACGUCACCUCCCGUCGGUUUGGAUGGACCUAUCACGGUACUACAUCACCUGGAUCGCCAAUUCGAGCCCCGGAAUACCGUAGUUCUGCUUGUGCAGCGUGGUCUGGGCCUACCGGGCUCAGCGAGGUCCUCGAACGCUGCAGGAGAAAACUCCUUGACAUCGUAGUCCCGCGCGACGGCGGAAUCGUCCGGUUCUUCAAUGAUGGUAAGGCGUUCGCUCGUGAACGCCAGCGGGUGGCGAGUCUGAGCGCGUCCAGCGACGACGUUUGUGUACACUGAAACCUUCCCAAGGGAAGGCAAAAUCCCGACGCUGUGACGUCCUGGA